AUGGGCACAGGAACAGAGGAGAAGAAGGUGAUGGGGCGAGGGACAUUCACAGGAAGAAGCAGGUGCUCAGGAGCUGAACAGCACAUGUUUGAUGUGACCAUUUGGCCAGAAAACCCUGGAGUAGAGCAUGGAGGGUCUCUCUGGCUGAACUGCAGUACCAGCUGCCAGGAGGCAGAUGCCAGGGGAGACUUGGCGACGUCGCUGAUCAAGGAGAGGAGAGACAAUGGGACUGGCUGGGCGGCCUUCCAGCUUGUGAACAUCACGGAGUGGGCGCCUGUUGUGGAGUGCUCCUUCAGCUGUUACAGAAAGCUUAAGUCUGUGCAUGCAAACAUCAUGGUGUAUCAGAUUCCAGAGCAUGUAGUUUGGGAUCCAUUGCCAAUGAUGGAGGUGGGUAAGGAGUAUAACCUGACAUGCCGUGUUUCCAGUGUUGCCCCCAUCCGGAACCUCACCCUGACCUUGUAUAAAGGAAAGGAGGAGCUGCAUGUGAAGACCUUUGAGGACUACAAUGAUCCUGAAGCCAGUGACAUUGUGAUGACUCACAGCAUAACUGCUGACCAGGACGACCACAGGGAAGAAGUCACCUGUCACGCAGCCCUGGAUCUGAGGCCUGAAAGGCCCCUCUUUGAAAAAGCAUCCCUCAUCAAGGUCCUAAAAGUCUUUGAUUUUCCAGUGGAUCCCCAGCUUCAUACCUUGCACUACAUAGAAGCCAAUGCCAACACAACUGUGCAGUGUGAUAUAGUCGGGGCCUUUCCAGCUGAGGAGGCCCAGUUUGACUUGACCUUUGCAGAGGAGAGACUGAACUUCAGCGUUAAUGUUUUGGGUGACACAGCAAGAGCCCAGGCUCAGGUGUCCUCCUUAUCAGCAGGAAGCCAUAAGAUGAGCUGCACAGUAUCCAUGGGGCCAGUGAUCAGAUCUUCAGAGGAGACAGUGCAUGUUUACAGUUUCCCUGAGCCUUCCUUGGAGAUCCAUCCAUCUCAGACUCUUGUAAAUAAUUCCGUGACCAUUAUAUGCAAUUCUAUGGCUGCUCAUCCACCCAGCGUUUCUCUUCAAAUAAAAAAUGCUUCUGGAAGGACCUUGGCGUCUGGUGACCAGCUCACUCUGCAAUCUACCCUGAUCGCUGAGGAGGAAGACAACGGGAGAGAAUUUGUAUGUGAAGCAGAACUAGCAGUUGGUGGAGAUGCCAUCAUUAAGCAAUCAUCUGCCCGUCUGACUGUCUUCUAUGUGCCGGAAAUGGAUGAGUCUGCUUGUCCCAGCAACCGUACGUGGGUAGAGGGCACACAGCAAACCCUCCACUGCAUGGCUAAAGGGAACCCCAAGCCACUGGUGGCUUGCUCCAAAGAUGGCAUCGCUCGUGACAUGGAAAAGGAGGAGCAGGUUAACCGGAGCCAUGCCGGCAUCUAUAACUGCACUGCCACUAAUGAGUUUGGCUCCAUCACUAGAACAGUCUCCAUCCAUGUGGAAUAUGAGCCUCACCUAAGUGAAUCUGACUGCCCAAGUAAUCAAACGUGGGUGGAAGGCAGCCUUCAGGAGCUCAUUUGCCAAGCUGAUGGGCUUCCAGUCCCAGUGGUCUCCUGCAUGAAAGAUGGCAAAGUAUAUGAUGCCAGAAAAGUGCAGAACAUCACACAACGUCAUGCUGGUGUUUAUCAUUGCAGUGCUGCCAAUGCACAUGGGUCAAGCGGCAAGAUGGUUGCAAUCAGUGUGGAGUAUGGGCCAGAAAUGGAUGACUCCAGCUGCCCUCAUAAUUGGACCUGGACAGCAGGGACAGAGCAAAUGUUCACCUGCUCUGCUUGGGGAAACCCACAGCCAACUGUCGAGUGCACUAAAGAUCAUGUAGCUUAUCAACCUGGGAGUUUCCAGAGUGUCACCAGAGAAUAUGCUGGCAUCUAUCUUUGCAUAGCCACAAAUGUGCAUGGCUCCAGCACCAGGACUGUGAGCAUCAAAGUGGAAUAUAAGCCAGAAAUAGACGAAUCUAGCUGUCCAAGCAAGUGGACCUUGGUGGAGGGGGCACUGCCCUCCUUUGCCUGUAAAGCUCAGGGGAUUCCACCUCCAGAGGUUGUAUGCACCAAAGAUGGCAUAACUUACCACCUGAGUCAAGGACAAGCGAUCCCAAUUCACAGUGGAACCUUCUGGUGUAAUGCUACCAACCAGCAUGGGACAGUGGCCAAGGCGGUCGUGGUUGCAGUUGAAACCAAACCCAAGAUGGAUGAGUCCAGUUGCCCAAGCAACCAGACCUGGCUCGAGGGGACUUUGCAGUCGCUGGCCUGUGAAGCCAACGGGACUCCCACCCCACGUGUCUUGUGUGCCAAGGAGGGAGCCACUGAGGAGUUCUACAGAGAGCGGAACAUCAGCAGAAAUGACUCUGGCAUCUACCAAUGCAAGGCCACGAAUGGCCACGGGACUCAGAGGUGGACAGUGAAGGUGCACGUGGAAUACAGGCCUGUUAUCUCCAUUCUGGCUGUCAGUGGUUCUUUACCCAUCAGCAGGGGAGAAAACUUUACCAUCAUCUGUCAGGCAGAUGGCUCCCCAGCCGCCACCUACUCCUGGAAGGUACCUCAGGCCUCCAACCUCAACUAUGGUGGCAACAACAACAGCACAGUGACAAUCUUCAGUGCAGAUGGUCAGAACAGUGGUGUGUACGAGUGCACAGCCAGCAACAAACAUGGGCAGCAGCACAGCCAGGUGGAGAUCCAGGUGGAAGAUCAUUGGCUGUAUAUUAUUAUUGUCAUAGCAAUUGCUGCUGCCACCAUGUUGGUCCUGGGAGGAAUGGCUGGGGUCAUUUACUACCUGAAAUCCACAGCCUGUAAGAAAGGAGAAUACAAUGUCCGUGAUGCAGAGAACUCCACCGAAGCCACUUGUCUAAACCGUGAAAGGACCUGCGAUGGUGACAUCUACGGAAUACAGCUCACCAGGACCUGAACAAGUCUUUGGGCAGGUACCCACAGGCCUUGCCUCCCCAGACAGAAUCAGAGAGGGAUGGAUAGAAGACACCUUUGCUGUGCAACCACCCCAAUACUAUCACUAUCUCUGCCUCUGAAGGAAGGGUGCCUGGACCAUACAGUCCUCUGCUUCACUGUGGAAUUUAGUAACAGCCAAUUGAGAGAAACAUAGUUGAGUGUUUUCAGGAUGGAGAGCCAGUUUUAGUGUCCAUGGCUUGGGUGCCAGCCAAACAUUUGCAUGGCACUUGCCCAGAUGGGUUUAAGACUUCACCUUCACCCAGCCUUCUUCAUCUCUAGGUUGUCUGUGGCUUCUGCAGCUGGAAAUGUGGAACUAUGUCUUUGCCCCAUGGAAAUGUUGUGCUAGAGCAUGUCACUGCCAUUCUGAUUUGGGGUCAGUUUAUAGCUGUUAGCAACCAUUACAAUUAUUUCAGUUUCACUCUUUUUUCACUAUGGAAAGUUACAGUUGAUUGGUGCCUUGCCAAAAUGGGAAAUAUCAGCUUUGGACCACAUGUCCUUGCAUAUGGAGCAGGACUUCAUCCUUUCUAGGACAAGAUGAAGAGUGUAAAUUAUAUAUAUAUUCCAUUUUAAUUUAAUUAUUAUGGUAAUUUAAAUACACUAAAGAAAACCCAUCAUUUUCUGAAAUAAGAUACCAUGAGGAAAUCAAACCAAAUCAAUUAACCUUUCAUUAAGUUAGUUUGACUGAUUCAUAAUUUGAAUUGUGCCCUGAAGUUAAUGUUAUCUCCCAACUCAUCCCUUAUGCAGGAUCAAGAAAAUGACCAUACAUUUUGUGAAUGUGCCAAAUUUCUUGUUGAAAUUUAACAUGAAUGUAGAAUUGCAGAUUUUUAAAUGACCACAAGGAAGGAAGUUUGAGGGCUUUUGGAACUGGUUAGGGAAACACUCUGGAAUACAGUAGAAGCAGGUGUUGGGUAUGUUUGCUUUAUGCCCUGUUCAAGUCAUCUGUUGUGCCACGGUGUGAAGUAAUGGUUUUUUGCAGAUUGCAGGUGACAACCACUGGGAUCAAAGAUGGAGAUCUGACAUUUACCAUUCUUUAAAUGACAACCACAUAUUCUCUGUUGUGGACAAGUGUCCCAAGCAGUCAUCAAGUUCGCAAACAUUAUUGUAACAGUCAUAAGUGGAGGGUGGGGGGGAGAGAAUGAUGGCUUAAUUGUAAAAACUGUUGCAAGUGAAGUACAUUGUGCAUGUGAAACACAAUGGCAAUUCUGAUCUGUGUUUGCUGCUGCUGCCUCAGCUUUUGAAUGGGAAAUGUGAUACACAGUCGCCACAGUUAUGCAACCAUGGUUCAGGUCUGUACUGUUGUCUGUGCUUUUGAAGAGGGAAGGUGGCUUGUUGUCAUGCAUAACAAUAUUCAUACUGCAAUGGAUUCAAACCCACUUUGCCAAAAUGCAAAAAAUCUAUGCUCUUAAGAAGCUCCCAUUCAUUUCAGUGCUGGCAUAUGCAGGGCAAUUAAAGGCACCCUGAUCAACAGCAACCAUGCUGGAUCCUAAGCAGUUCUAGUCUGGUCAGGAGUACAGGGAUAGCAGACUGCCAGGGAACUCCGCAUACACCACCUUGAGCUCCCCAGAGGAAAGGUGAGACUUAGGAAUGUAAUAAAUAAAUGAAGAAAUGCUUCAAGGUGGUCUGUGCCCAAAGCAAACAGCUUAGUAUCCCUUGAGACUUCUGCCUAGGAGUGCCCUAGGGGAAGUUUGAAAAUGAGACCUUCUUCAGGGUGCUUCCAUUUAAGGAUCAAAUUAGGCAUGCAAAAACCAUGGUUUUUAUUCACAUGUGUGCCACAUUGACUGCAUCUCUGCCUGCUUGCUCAGUCAGGGCAGGGCCUUUCUCAAUGGCAAUUCCCCUGCUCUGUGUAAUGGCAAUGCCUGCCCUGCCUGCAGUGUGGAUUGUGGGUAUAGAGAAGAGACUGGUGUGGAGUUUUAUUCCCAUGUCGCACUGGGUCUUAUCCCUCUUCAAACCCAGCAUGGAGUUUGUCGCUGGGGACAAUUCAUCUGUGGAAUUCACUGCCAUAGGGUGGGAUGGCGGCCACUAGCUUAGAGUGGUUGGGUCCCUCAGCUUCGAGGUGAGCCUGCUUUCCUACCCCCCAGGCCCCAGCAUUGCCACUGGCUCAGCUAACAGUCUUGCCCCUCCCACCAUUUUUGAGGUGACUUGUCUGCCUUUUAUUUUUAUUUUUAAUGGUACUGUGUGAGUGUGUGAAUGCACAUGCAUUUAUCCAUUCAUUAAUUUCCUUGUGAAUUAAAUAACAGUAAUAAAGAAACCUCUUUUAAGAAUGCAAAACUGUUCUGGGGAUUGAGGAUGGAGGGAUACUUCUUGGGGACAUUCCUAUGAGAUGGAAAGGGUAGAGGAUAUUCUAUCAAUGUAGGUGCUGAAAAUCCUGUUAGAUGUAGAUAGGGAAACUGUGAUCCUCUGACAUCUAGAGUCUUGAUGUUGUUGGACUACAGUUUUCAUCAUCACUGAAUCACAGCCCUAAAUUUCAUGUUAAUUGAACUAUGUCAGACCACGUUUGGGUUCAUGUGGCUUAUACAGAAUUGAAAAGUCUCUUCAUUUUGAUAAAGACAGAUGUUUAUGGUGAAUAAUUAAUGGAAGAGUGAAUUGUGGAGUCUUUUCUUAACAAAGUUCUUUUCUAACAAAAGCUGAAUUAAUUGCAAAUGUUCUGAAUAUGGUAGUUGUUUGCUCCAGGGAAGCAAGGAUCUGUGGAUUCUUUUCUUUGAAAUUCUGUAAUACUUCAUGUAUAUUGAUGGCUUUAUAUAAGACAGUUAAUAGUAAGAAGAAUUUCUGGCAUGUAAAAAAGCAGCAAGCAACCAUUUCAGACAUCAGCCUUCCAUUAAA